AUGUCCCUUAUAUUGCUGGAAAGGUCGAAAUCAUGGCAAAAGGAAUACAUAUUGGGGUUAGGACAAGUAGUUGAGGUUGAGGAUGACAUCUCAGGCAUUUCAGAUUCGGAAAGUAGCAGGCAGCGACUUGGACAAAUUUGUUGCUUCUUCAGUCAGAAGAGAAUGUUUUGCAUCCGCGACAUGUUCAAUUGGUCUGUUGAGGUUGGAUGGGACGAGUUUUGGUUCCAGGGUGUGAAAAACAUGGAGAGUGAGGCUUUAUUCUACGAGCUAAUUUCAUGCCUGCCCGAGGAUGAAAAAGUACUAGUAGGAAUGUCCCAGGGGAGUCAUCAGGCAUGGGAAAUAGUCCAUUGA